AUGAAACAACGAACAACAACAACAACACUCCACAACAACUCAUCGAGUGGUUCUCACAACAACAACCUCUUCCGAACUGGAUGGAAAGACGACAAGGAUGAUGACUCGUGUCACCUCCAGUCGCAUCCCCAUCAACCAUUGUUGAUGCAUUCAUGUCGACAUGACGACAACAAUGAGGAUGACACAACAAUGGCCAAUGAGAGUGAUGAAUCAUUCCACCAUCACUCUCCUUCAACCAAUUCCAUCACCACCACUCUCAUCAAUAACCAUCAUCAAUACAUUCCAUCCACAUCAUCUUCCUCACAUCAUCGUGAUGAUAUCUUCACAAUGUCCUUUCAUGCAGGAAUGAACAGUCAUCCUUCUCAUCCUUCUCAUCCUUCUCAUGCUAUUCAUAUUCAUUUUGAAGAGAGUAGUAGUUGCAACAACAACAACAACAACAACAACCACAUGAAUAGCAUCACAAACACCACCUCUUCCACUCUUAUCGACAUGGAAGUCCACUCUCCUACUUCUUCUUCACAUUCAUCUCUCUCGGAAGGAGUCGAUUUGGCUCUGGAUACUUUACUCCAUCCAUAUGGUUGUUGUGAUUCUAGUAGGAGUAGUAGUAGUGGUUGUAGGAGUACUACUACUACUACUGAUCAGACUCCAACAACUGCUCUGCUCUUUUGCCCAACAUCUUUGAGCAAUACCAGCAUCAAUACUCUGACCACCACCACCACCACGACUCUACUCUCUUAUUUAUAUUCACUCUAUUCAUUCAUUGUGACGAAAUUUUCAAAUACUCUGACCACCACCACCAUCUUUCAUUCUUCCUUUUGGAAAGACAAAACACUUGCCUUCUGUAUUGUGUGCUCUUUCCUUCUUGUCAUUGGUUGGAGUAUUUGGUUACUCAAAAUCAAUGAUCAAAUUCCUUCCAUGAGGACAGCUCGUACUCAACAACAACCAACAACAACAACAACAACUGGAACUGGAACUCCUACUACUAGUACUACUACCACUAGUACUACUCCUACUACUACUUUGAAACAACCACCUAUUCAAAAACAACCCUUCACCAAUUACGAUCAAUACUAUUUGCAAGAUGAUGGAAUGGAACAUGAAAUUUCUACCUUACAUUCUCAUAGUGGAUUAUUUUGUACCCAUCAUGUUGCAUCUUCUCAUUUUCGUUCUUGUUUGGUCUAUAAUUUGUGUUAUCGAAAUGGUUCUUAUUUAUAUUUCAAUAGUAGAGAUGUGACCACUCAUUAUCCAGUUGAAUUUGAUUUGCAAGGACUCGAAAGUAAGAGAAUUUAUGGAUCAUUUGAAUUGUCCUCAUUGGAAGGAAGAACAAAAUCAGAGGAUCCAAAUCGAGGUAAAUUACUCGUUCAAGCAUUCUCUCAAUCCAUUCAAGAAUAUCAACAAGAACAUUCCAUAUCGGAUAUUCAUUGGAUUCACAAGAGAUCUGUCCUAUUGAAAAGACAUCGAUGUUCCAAUGCAGCUCAUUGUCUCUUGGAAACGAUUUAUCCAACGUUUGCCUUGCUGAAAGAAUUUUUUGAUCUUCAUCCCUUAAUGAAUGUGAAGGAAUUUGUGGAUAAUUAUUUAAUUUUUGCUGAACAAGAGGAUGAAGAGUGUGACUGUGAAAAAGACAUGCUCACUUGUGGCACUGAAGAAGGAGAUUCAAAAAAGAAACAAAAAUUAUGCAAAAAAUUUGUCACUCAAUACGGAAAGAUUAUUUCAAAACAUCCCAAUCAAUUAAUUCGAGAAUUUACAAAAGGUCAUGAAAUGGUCUGUUGGGAGAGUGUUCUCAUGGGAGGUUCUUCGUAUGGACUAUUCAAUGAUCAUGGAUGGAAUAAUGUUGGUGGAAUGGUUAAAGAAUUUAGAGAUUUCACAUAUGCCAGAUUUGGAACAGUGAUGCGAACACCCAAAACAAUUCUCCUCAAAGAGAAGGUAUUGAAUGUUAGAAUUAAUGUCAAGACUGGUAUGAGAACCUAUUUGAGAAAUAUUUUGAAUGCAGACAAAUUGGUCGAAUUGGCAAAACGAGAUUUUAAAACGUUUUAUCACAAAAAAUCGAAUACCAUCUUUCGUGUGGAUUUCCAAUCGUUUGUGUUUGAUAACAUGACCAUCGAAGAUAAGGUUCAAUACAUGCAAGAUACGGAUGUUUUUAUUGCUCCUUUUGGAUCUGCAAGUUAUGAAUCUGUAUUUCUUUCAAGUGGUGCUGUAUUGUUUACAUUCCCUGAUGGAUUUCCACCAAACAAAAUUCGAAACAGAAUUACAGAUCACACACUCUUUCAUUCCUACAUGCACUAUCAGAAUAUUAUUUAUCCUCUAGAAUCAUCAGAAUUGGAAUAUGAAAAAGGUAUCACCAUUGGUCAUUACAGUUGGAGUUGGCACAAGACGAGACUACUCAUUGCUCGUUCUCUGAAUAUGAGAUUGGAUUAUUUGUAUACCGUGUUGCCAAAGAGUGCUGGUGCUGCUUCUUCAACUAUGAAUCGACCUAUUCAAGCAUCAAGUCAUCAUGCACAGACUACCACCACCACCACAAACCACCAUCCUUCCACAACAAGAAUGAAUCACCACCACCAUCCUGAAAGAUCAGCUUGA